AUGGUUAAUAUAAAGUCUUGCUUUUUGAAGUGUGUGAAAAAUUUACAUCCGCCUAUUUUAUUAACUGAUGGACAAGAAAUUUUUAUUGGUCGUUGCCCUACAACAAAUAUUACCGAUGUACAGUUAUCAAGAAAGCAAGUGUCUUUACAAGCUGAUUACAAAACAGCUACAGUCAAUUUCAAACAAAUCGGUCCUAAUUCAUCUGCAUUAGCUGGUAUCGAAAUUAAAAGAAAUGAAAACCAUAAAUUGAAGCAUUUAGCAAAAAUUGAACUUCUUACUGGAAAAUAUGUUUAUGAAAUAAAUUUUGAACCAAAACCAAUUUAUCUAAGUGACGGUACAAUUAAAAUCGAAAAUGAAGAUGCUGCAAAAUCUGAGAUUGAUGUAAAAUCAAAUAGUUCUCAAUCCAAAAAUGAUAAAAGGCCAAGAUCUCCUGAAGACGCAAAUGGGAUAACUAAAAAAUUUAAAACUCAUAAUGUAAGCUUACAAAGUAAUGUAAAAAAAGGUGAUUACAACACUACAUUAGAGAUUACUCAAGAUACAUGGGAAGAUGUGAGUAAUGGAAAGUUGUUGAUUUUUACAAAAUCAGGGGUCACUGCCAGUUCAAAGAUAGCUGCUUACGAUCUAGAUGGUACGCUUAUUAAAACAAAAUCUGGUCUAGUUUUUGCAAAGAAUAAAGAUGACUGGCAAAUAGCCUUUAAACAAAUACCAAAACAUUUGAAGGAAUUGGAAACACAAGGAUACAAGCUUGUUAUAUUUACUAACCAAGCUGGCAUUGGUAAAGGAAAAACUGACCCUAAAGAAUUUAAGGGCAAGGUUGAAGCAAUUUUAAAUAAGUUAAAUGUUCCAAUGCAAGUUUUUAUUUCAACCACAAAAGGAAUUUACAGAAAACCACUUACUGGUAUGUGGAAAGUGCUGACAGAACAGAAAAAUUGUGGAGUUUCUGUAUCCAAAGCAGAUUGUUUUUAUUGUGGUGAUGCAGCUGGUAGACCAGAUAAAUGGGCACUUGGCAAAAAGAAAGACUUUUCUGCUGCAGAUAGAUUAAUGGCAAAAAAUCUGGGAAUUGCAUUUUACACACCUGAAGAACACUUUGAAAAAGCAAAAGUAGUACAGUGGAAUAAACCAGGAUUUGAUCCUCCCUCCUUAAAAAAUUUGAAUAUUUCUAGAUUUGACCCACCUAAUGCAAAACUAAUUCAAAGUGAACAAGAGGUUAUUGUUUUAGUGGGUUGUCCAGGGUCCGGAAAAUCUUUCAUCAGCAAAGAACUUGUACAAUCUGGAUAUGUUCAUGUAAAUCGUGAUACAUUGGGCAGUUGGCAAAAAUGUGUUGCAGCAAUGAAGAAUGCUUUGCAGAAUGGCAAAAGUGUGGUUGUGGAUAAUACAAAUGCAGAUAAAGAAUCUCGCAACCGCUACAUUGUUGGGGCUGGAAAAGUAAAAGUUCGUUGCGGUGUUAUGACAACAAGUUUUGAUCAUUGCAGACAUAAUAAUAUAUUCAGAGAACUAACGGAUAAAACACAUAAGGAAAUUAAAGAUAUGAUACUGUUUUCUUAUAGAAAAAAUUUUGUUGAACCAACAUUAAGUGAAGGUUUUGCAGAAAUAUUUAAGAUAAAUUUUAUUCCACAAUUUGAUAAUAAAGAACAUGAAGAACUGUAUUAUAUGUAUUUAUUGGAGAAAUAA